CUCAGGCUUUCCACGCCGGUGUUAUUGAAAAAGAUUUUAAGCAACUCCAUGCGGAACUUGCUGCCAUGGGUCCGGACACUCCUCUCCCUCUCCCGCCGGACUUCACCUCCGUAGAUGACUAUGUGGAUUCGCUCCUUAAAUUCUCGACCACUUCAUGGCUAUUGCAGACUUUAUGCGGAGGAGUGCAUGUUCUGGACUUUUACACCAGGUCACCUAACUUGUAUACCACGCUACUACCGGAGUCAUGGCGAGUCUGGUUUAAAAACCAGGAUAUUAUGGACAUCUUGGACCUCCUCAUGAGAGAAGAUUUAAGCCAGUUUGAUAGAGUGGAUGAUGAGGGAGACCCGCCAUCUUUCCGAGGCGGACCCGCUCCUCCAGAAGAUUUGCUACAGUACAUCAAAGACGUGCGGAAGCAUCUACUUGCCCGAGAGUUUCCUCCCCCAGGUUCUGAGAUGCAAUCCACCAAAAGCAGUAUAGCUCGCCACGUUGCGGUCGGUAUGAAAGUCAAAAAGGUCCAUGAAGUCGACAACUUUGCACGUUACGUCGACAAGCUUACCAGCGACAUCGCGGCUUCCGGGAAGAAAGAGAUAACCCAUCUUGUGGACUUCGGAUCGGGCCAGAACUACCUUGGACGUGCACUGGCUGCACCACCGUACUGCAAGCAUAUCGUUGCGGUGGAGAGCAAGCAGCAUAAUAUAGCAGGUGCAAAGAAUAUGGAUGUGUUGGCGAAGUUGGUGCCUAAACCUGUUGUUAUGAGAAAUAAGAAGGAGUUUCGGGGAGGGCAGAAGAGGAGGAAAAAAGGGAUUAAGAAAGAGGAGCCAAUUGGGCAGUCGGAGCAGAUGAUAGACUCGGGUUCGACGGAAAAUGAGGGAGCCACCGAAGCCAAUUGUGAGUCAGGGGAAUGCGGACUAUCGCCAGCAGGGAAGGUUCUUGAAAACGGCACAGGAACCAUCCCAGAAACCACUGCGAAGCCGUCGGAGGAGAGUGCUGUCACUACGACAUUGCAAAUCUACACCGAAGGACACGGAAGUGUGCAAUACGUCGAGCACAUCAUAAAAGAUGGCGAUCUCAGCCCCGUCGUCAACCAAAUCCUAGAUACCUCCAAAGUACCGGAGGAUAACCUAACCACCAAGAGCAACGUGGUCGAAGAACCAUCCAACCUAACAACUGUACCUAGAUCUCGGGAACCGAACUUGAUGGUCAUCUCUCUGCACUCCUGCGGGAACCUGGUCCACCACGGACUGAGGUCACUUCUUCUAAACCCAGCCGUAUCCGCAGUAGCAAUGGUAGGCUGUUGCUACAAUCUCCUCACCGAGCGCCUCGGUCCCCCAACCUACAAACUUCCAACACUGAGACCUAACCAUCCUCGCCUAACCUCAACAUCCAACGCAUUCGACCCGCACGGCUUCCCCAUGUCUGAAAAACUCGCCACUUGUCCCCUCCCACACGAACCCCUCCUCCCCGUGAACGAACCCUCUGAACCCUCCGAACCACCCCGCGGUCUGCGCCUGAACAUCACAGCGCGCAUGAUGGCCGUCCAAGCCCCGUUCAACUGGGGUCCCGAGGACAGCGAGCUCUUCUUCACGCGGCACUUCUACCGCGCGCUCCUCCAACGCAUCUUCCUCGACCGCGGCAUCGUCGCCGCACCCGUCGAUGCCGACGGCCUCGUAGGCGGCGCCGUCUCAGCCGCAGGAACCAAGAGCCGAGUAACCUGGAUGCCGCCAAACGGUCGCGGCCCUGGCCUCAGUUCCGACGGUACCACGACGCCGCUUACCAUCGGUACGCUGCGCAAGUUCGCCUACAAGGAUUUUGUGUCGUACGUCCGCGCUGCGAUUGCGAAGCUGACUACGCCGAAUUCGUUUUGCGAGGUUGAUCCCGAGUUUAUCAAGAGUAAGAUUGAGGGUUUGACGGACGAUGAUAUUCGUGGGUAUGAAGAGGCGUAUCGGGAGAGGAAGAAGGAGUUGAGUGUUAUGUGGAGCUUGAUGGCGUUUAGUGCCGGGGUUGUGGAGGCGGUGAUUGUUACGGAUAGAUGGCUUUGGUUGAGGGAGCAGGAGGAGAUUGAGCAUGCUUGGGUCGAGCCCGUGUUUGAGUAUAAGCAGAGUCCGAGGAAUCUGGUUGUUGUGGGUAUUAAGAAAUAAAGCGGCAGGGGUUCUCUUUAUGGCCGUGAAGGUUGUUCUUCUGCUUCGGGACUGAUCGGAGCACAUUGAGCAUACGAACUUCCAGCAUCUCUGUGAGAAUAGGGGGUUUAGCGAGCUAGCGAUCUCCAUCCAUAACGCCACUCGGAAGCGAAUUGCGCCGUCAACGAGUGAGUGGGAUUUGGGCGUUAUCAGAACCGUAGAGCCAGACUGACAUGCUCCCGCCCACCACGACUCUACCAGGAUCUGG